AUGGAAAGGAUUGGGAGUGUGGCGUAUCGUUUGAAGUUGCCUGAGGGGUCUAAGAUUCAUAACGUGUUUCAUGUUUCUCAGUUGAAACCAGUUUUGGGAUCGAGUCAUCAGGUUUCUGUUCUUCCUGCUUCAUUUGAUCAGAGACCUGAGCUCAUCAUUGAACCGGAAUCAAUACUCGAGACUCGUUAUGAUAAUGGUGGCCAUUUGGAGGCAUUGGUCAGUUGGAAAGAUCUUCCGGAACAUGAGAAGACGUGGGUUCGUGCUUCGGACUUGAUCCAGGAAUUCCCGAACUUGAGGACAAGCUUCGUCUUGACGAGGGGGGUAUUGUUAGGCCACUUAACCGGUUCGUGA